AUGAGAAUCUUGAUCCUCGUGCGCAACUUCGUACCAGGGUACAACCAAGUCGUCAAUGGUGAGUGGAACGUCGCGGGGAUUUGUUAUAGAGCUUAUGAUCUAGAAGGGAAGACGAUAGGAACCGUGGGAGGUGGAAGAAUCGGGAAGCGUUGGCUACAACGGUUGAAACCAUUCGGGUGUAACUUAUUGUACCAUGACAGGCUUCAAAUGGAACCAGAGAUAGAGAAAGAGAUUGGAGCUAAGUACGUUGAGAAUCUUUAA